AUGAGCGAGAACAGCCGGCUGUGCUCAGGCUACUUCAGCCUCAACCGCAGCUUCGUGGAGCCCUUCCAGUGCCCUCGGCGCGGCGAGGGGGCCGCGCUGCUCUACUGCUGCGGCUUCGCCGACCUCAAGUACUGCUGCAGCGAGCCGGGCAGCUACUUUCCCUACAAACACAGCUACAUGUGGAGCCUCAGCAUUGGUGCUCUGAUUGGAUUGGGAAUUGCCGCCCUUGUUUUACUUGCCUUUGUCUUCAGCGUCUGCGUCCUUUGCUAUUUAUUCCUGUAUACAAAGCCUCAAAAAUUAGACACUGGCCUUAAACUUCAACACCUAGAGGCUUCUUCCACUCAAGAAGGCAACUUAAGUAGCAAAACCAAAGCUCUCAUUUCAAACACAGCAUCAAAUUCAACAAAUGAAACAUCCUAUGAAGCGGAUGAUAUAAUUCAGGAAAAAACAAUGGAUUCAACUCAAAUCAAUACUGCUUAUUUAUGA